AUGGCGGAAUGCAAAUGGCACACGGACGUGGACGUGGGAUGGAUGAGCACGGCGCGAAAAUCGGGUGCAAAUAUAGAAAUUUGUUUAAAUUCAACUAACAGUCGGCAAUCGAAAAUGCAGCAAAUGGAGUCUGUGCAUCGCGAUGAGAACCAGGUGGUGGUCUUGAAGAAGACCACGUACUUGCCCUAUCUGUUCAACCUGGUCAUGCCGAAGAUGGUCUACCAGAGCCCCAACCGCAUUGUGGUGGCCCGGCUCUACCUCGAUGUCCACAAGCACGACAAGCAGGCAGCCGACUACUUCGAGGGCUUCCAGACGCCCUGCUUCGAGGUGCCGGCUUCCCUGUUCCCGGGCGAGGCUCCGCUGGACAAGAUCGUCUUUAUGCCCAAGGUGAUUUUGCCCAUGGGCUUCGAAGCCGGAGGGGUUUUUGGCCCGGGUGUCCUUCCACGGCGUUCCUAUCCCAUCGGCCUGAUGGCCUCGGAUCCCAAGGAUCACAAGGGUCAAACGCCGCCGCUGUUCGUCGGUCUGCGCAGCCUGCAUGUCAAGCUGCCUUCGGAGGUCGAGAGUUACCUGGACAGCGUGGGCGAGUUCCCGGCCAUCCAGGACGCAGUGGUCAAUGGGAUGCAUCCCGGCAAUCACUCUUCAAAAGGCGAAGAGUCAAAGGAACUAAUGCUAAGCAAUGAUUGCCCCUUGUCGAUGGUCUACAACAUGCCGGCUCCACCGAGUCCACUGCAGCCCUAUCCAUAUCUUUCCAUCGUAACUCAUCCGCAUGUUCCAGCGGAGGCACUCGCCACCAUGGGCGAUGAGGAGUGCCCCAAUUUCGAGCUGCUCAGCGAUAUCUUUCCCAUCUGUGAGGGCGUCAAUCCGCACAAGAGUUUCUUACCCCAGAGAUUUGAAUCCCUCUGCGUCUUCAAGCCGGGAAGUCAUUGGGAUCUGUGGUACAUGGAUUACAUGCGUCGAUUCCGUGCCUUCAAAGCCCCUCACUUCGCGGGCAAGUUCCCCCGCGUCGGGGUUCCCGUCCAUAUUACGAAAAAAAUCCAACUGGAGGGCGAGAAGGAAGACUGCGAAGGUGCUCAGUCCUUGCCAGAGGAGGGAUCGCUGAAGGUUGUCGAGCCUAAGAGGGCCCUCGUUCCCACUACCCAGGGCUUCUUGGUCAUGGAAACGGAGCACCCGACGCCUCCGAGGGGUGCUUACUCCUUGGCGAGCUACCAGAGGGCCAGUGAGAAGGGAUACGUUCUGAAGGCUACCAAGGAUGAGGCCAAAGAAGCCACUGACACUCUUCCGAAAGUGGAAUCGAAACCGGAGGUCGAGAAGAAAUACCUCUCGUGCUUCAAAGUUGACAGCGACAUUGAUCUGAUGGCCGAGGCCAUGGCCGAUAUGGGCACCGCCGAGAUGAGUCUGGUGGCCAAGGAGGAGGCACUGCCCGGAGUCGAUAGUGCACGCGCCUUGGAUCAGCUGCGCCAGGUGCUCGAGGAUCGCAGCCAGAUCCGCAGCCACACCGACCAGCUGAUACAGGAUCACAUCUAUCGCAUGGAUCGCAACCGCAUGCUGGCCCUGCGCCAGCCAAUUCGCACUUGUUCGCAGUGCGGCAAGCCCCACUAAAGGCAUUUUUGAAACGUUUAUAUUGCAAUUAUAUGUACAUAUAAAUAUAUAUGCGUUAUGAUGUCACCCCUAA